UAUUUCAACAAAUUGAACUACGAAUUCAGCCAACAAAUACGGCGUGACGAUGCGGUAUUACGUUUGAUACGGUAUGGUAUUUCCUUCGGAUAUUUUUUUUUGCAUUUUCCUUGUUUAUCCAUCUUAAUGAAUCACUGAUUGUAUAAGUGAUUCAAACAAGUCGAGAUGAUACGAAUAAAAACUAUCAUUUGCUUUGUAAAGCAAAUUUAGCUACAGCCCGGGCUAUCCCCAAGGCUAUAUAUAAACCGGCCGUCUCAAAUCUCGGUUAUUUAGAGUAACGAGCCACUGCCACCCCAUUCAGUCACAAAUAAUGUCUCGUCGCCGGGGUCCGACCCCGCGCCAUCGCCAUUGCUCGCUGAGUCCUCUGCCGGCCGAGGCGGGCGCUGCGCUGUCCCUGGCGCAGGGGGACGUCCAGAAGCUGAUCCAGCAGCUGCCGCCCUCCGACGACCUGCUGGAGUACUACCGUGCCAAGACGGAUCAGUUUCAGCGCCGGCUGGAGGGGCUGACCGACCGCCUGGACCAGUACCGCGCGGCAGUGGAGGACGCCCACGAGCUGCAGGAGCAGCUGACAGCUCGUGACACCGAGCUCUCGCAGCUGCAGCAGGCCAUCAGCGAUAUGCAGGUGUACGUCUUCCAGGAGAGAGAUCAGGUGCUCCGACUGCACUCGGAGAAUGACAGACUCAAGAUCCAGGAGGUGGAGGACCGGCGGAAGAUCGACGUGCUGCUCUCGCUCUCCGGUACCACCGAGUCCAGUCUCACCUACUUCAUCAAGGAGCUGGACGAGGGGAAGCUGGUGAGGCAGCACCUGCCGCCGCAGCUGAAGGAAUUCGCCAAGGAGCUCAACCGCAAAAACAGGCUGGAGGCCGGGGACGGAGAUUUGGACGCGAAGCCGGUACCGGACGCGGCCACCCUGCAGCUGGAGCUAGGCUGUGUGCGCGCCCAGCUGGAGGAGCGGACCCGGCUGGCACGCGAGGAGCGCCAGGCACUGCUGGACGAUCGCCGAGUCAGCGCUGAGGAGAGACAGGCCGAGCGGGCCAAACGCGACCAGCGGCUGGCCGCCUACAAUGCAAAACUGCACGAGACGCAGAAGCUGCUGUACAGCGCCAGCCGCGACCUGCUGCGGAUGCACAGCGAGCACCAGCAGCGCGAGCGCUCCUGGAUGGCCGAGAAAGACCAGCUGCUGCGCGAGCGAGAGAUGCUCUGUCAGAACCUCAGCGUGCGGCUGCCGGCGCGCUGCGAGCGCGGCUCGCAGGCGGAGCCGGCACCGGGACGGAGCGCCGCGAGCGGACCGGACCGGGCCGACCGGCCGGCCACCGCCAAUGUGGCUGUCAUGGCGCGGGCCAACUUCCAGACGGCCUACCAGAAGCUGCGACAGCGCGCCACCGAACUCAUGCAUCAGCUGGAGGACGCCAACACGCGCUGUGCCCAGUACCGUGAGCAGUGCACGCGACUGGAAAAGUUUGUUUCGGAGGUGCGCGACGCGCGCGAGACGGACCGUGAGGAGUUCAAGGAGCGCCUCUCGCGUAUGCGCGACUCUGUACUCACCAUGAAGAACCGGUACGACGAGCUGGAGCGUCGGCGUCGGCUCGAGGCCGAGGGGUUCCGCAGUGACGUGCGCCUCUUGCGCGGCGACGUGCGCGCCCUCGAGAGGAAGCUGGGCAAGCUCACCGGACAGUUCUUCGGAGAUGUGGAUCAGCAUGCCAGCAGAGAGGUCUGGUCUCAGAUGUCGCGAAAUCUGGGCAACACGGCCAAAAUUCUGGAGGAGAUUCGUCGCUCCAAGACUCAGAUCUACCAGCUGGAGAGGGAGCUGGCGGGUCUGUGGGGCACUGGUCAGCAGGCCGGUAGGUGAUGACCGAUCCUACACGACCGAAGUAGGUCUCACUACUUCGUUCUCACUACUCUCUCGGUCUACGAGUGCGAACACUGAGCACUGCAGUGACUCGCGCCGACAUCAGUUGAAAAAAACGCCCCAUAUCAUACAGUGGUGUCACGAAUGACGAGUUUCGUUGUCUUGAGGCAUCCGUGAGGUUUGACCACAGUACCUGAAACUUUGGACGUUCAGAUGGCUGGACAUUGUGCAGUGACAUAUUGGACGCUGUGUUACGCCGAAAACGGCUUGUGGUGCAUGAUGCGAACACAGCGAAACAGCGGCCGACAGACUUUGCGGUGUGGCUGUGAACGGGCGCUGCGCGGUGCUCACGACGUGUCCUGUGCUCUGUGAUACCAUGCUCGUGUGAACGUUCGGGUAGAUGCGGCGCCCUCAGUGGUGAUCACUGGGGAGACUUUCUGUAGUUGCCUGUCCAUAGCUCGUACACAGUUCGGAGCUGCUCGGGCAGAGAUAGGGGCAGAAACGAGAGCUGUGCUGUGCGUGCCUUAGUGUGUUUGUAUGUUUGGGGGAGGGAGGGCAUGCGCACGAAUCGACCUUAUCGAGCACGCUCCACAGCGGUCGUUUUAGCCACUUUGUGGUCCGAAAAUCUCGUCACUCUGCUCAGUCGUUGUAUAUUUUGCACAAGAUCGAAUUUGGAGAUAUAAAAUCAUAAUGGCACUUUUUUACGUGUGAUUAAAUUUCAUUGUGAGUUUUCGCUCUUCAAAAAUAAUAUUUUGCUGUUAGAAAGCAAAACUUUUUGGUGUAGGAAAUCAUUCCGCCGGGUGUCAUUCCAUGGUGGUACAUCUUCAGGUAUUCGAGUUUGCAAAUGUGCUAAAAUCAAGAGCUCUACACUCACUCGUCGUUACUCAAUCUCGGGGAAGCAUGGAGCCGUUUAAUGCUAUAUCGGGAAUAACACUGAUGACAAUGGUAUUAUGUGUUUUAACGAGCGCACCACUUAUACAUUUCAGUAAUAAACUUAUGUAUCGAA